UCCCAAUGGACUUCACCCACUGUAUCAACAGUAAGCAUCUAAGGCGAGAGCUGAAAGGAUGAGCAAGGGCUGGUCAGCUGCCGUGGGCGUGGGCGUCGGUGUGGGCGUGGGAGCUCUCGUGGCGUGGGCGUGUCGGCGCUCAGCCACUCCGCCAGAUAGCUGGGAAGAAGUAGGCGUGGUUUCAGAACUGGCAGUGUACCCUCUGAAGUCUGGCCGGCCUCUCUACGUGCAGGAAGCGGAGGCAACGGAACACGGCUUAUCUGUGGGUCCUCACAAAGACAGGUCUUUCAUAGUCAUCUUGAAAGAAGGUUCCCUAGUGACAGGGCGACAGAAACCGAAACUCACCUUUGUCACGGUCAAGAUCGACGGCGACACGGCUACUUUCGAGGCCGAGGGGGCUGAAGGCCAUGCCAAGGUCAACCUCCAGACGGUGACCCAGGAAGGCGAGCUCGUAGACGCAAAUAUCUUCGGCGCUCCAGUCAAGGGCGUGGACUGUGGCGACGUCGUGUCCCGCUGGCUGAGCGAAUUCCUCUACGAAGGACGGCGAGAGGUGAGGGUCCUUUACAGGCACCCGGAGAUGGACCGGAGGGUUUCCAAACACGAUGGACUGGAUUUGCCGCAGUACUUGGAUACGGACAAGGUGAUUUACGCAGACGUCAGUCCAUACCAUCUAGUCACAGAGUCGUCCGUGGAAGAAUUAAACACACACUUGGAAAAGCCCGUGAAACGAAAUCGAUUCCGAGGAAACAUCGUGGUUAAAGGGUCGAAACCCUACGAUGAGGACGACUGGGCUUACGUCAAGAUCGGCGAGGUCGUCUUGAGGAUGUUGCAGCCGUGUGACAGGUGCUCUUUUCCUACCGUCGAUCCCGAGACGGGAACAAAAGACCCUGAUAAGGAACCUCAGCAAACUCUCAAGACCUACCGAAUGCUCAAAAGCCCAGAGAAGCUGGCUAAAUUCUGGGCCACGUCACCGAUGUUCGGAACCAUACUGGGUAUUGACGCGUGUGGAAGCGUGAGAGUGGGAGAGAAAGUCCUCGUCAAGAGAGCGUCGAGGAACCCAAAGUGGCGGUACUAAACGUUUCGAGCGACGUUCGAGCCUGUUUAUGUGGUAAUGUUACUGUCAGUACUAGGGUCUAUGUGCAAUUGAUUAAUAUUCAAUAAUAUAGUAUGUUCUGCCAAAUAUAUAUGUAAAGACAAAUGUGA